AUGACUUGUCGAAGAAAUGACUCAGUAACUGAGCAACUCUCUUCACUAAAACAAGAGCGAACAUCAGUGGAACGAAACAUGCUAAGCAUAAAGGCGAAGGUAGAGAAGGAAUUAGCGUUUGUGGAUGUUAACAUUUUAGAAUGUCGACUGCAAAUUUUGGAAUCGUAUUUUACAGAAGUUUGUCAAAUACAAAGUAAAAUUGAACGAGCAUGUCCGGAUGAUGAUAGGCGUAGCAAAUUAGAGGACAUAUAUGUCAGCAUUAAAUCACUUAUUGUGGCCACAAUCAACAAUCAAAAAAUAAGGCCGAUACAUGAAUCAAGUGUAUUGAAUUCGUCGAUUUUAAACAACUCCUCACAUCAUAGUCGUUUACCAGCAUUGAAAUUGCCAAGAUUUGAUGAUAUGACGAAGGGCGACUCAAUCACACUCAGGCAUAUUGUAGAUACAGUGUCUGCUUUAUUCGGUUCACUUCUAUCGUUGGGUUCGGAAGCAGACAUUCUGAACGCCAUAAUUAUUCAUUUAGUAUUGUCUAAAGUGGAUAACGAAACUAAAAUUUUUUAUGAUUCUCAGCAAGAUUUUGAGUCAUUGCCAUCUUGGGAAAGUUGCUACGCACUUUUCAGUCGAAGAUGUCAAUUUCUGGAAAGCAAUUCGAAAAGAUGCAAUAAUGAUAAAGUAAAUGAUACCAAAAAUAAUUCUUUUAACAGAAAAUUGGCCACAUUUGUUAACACCAAAAUCAAUUGUAUGAAGUGUAAUGGAGGAGACCACAGCCUAGGAUCAUGUCCAUCGUUUGUAAAACUGACUUUUAACGACAAAUUCAAAUUCGUAAAAGAUCUUUCUGUUUGCUUAAAUUGUCUACGCAAAGGGCACGUCGUUAAAAAUUGUCAAUCCACAGCUCGCUGUCGAAUAUGCAAUGGUAUGCAUCAUACGUGUUUGCAUAAAUUCAAACCCAUCGAGCAAAAUGUGAGACCAAAUUUGUCAGACAGUCCACCUGGACAACUAAAUUUUCCGCAAUCUCCAUCAAUUUCUCUAGUAUCGCGUACUAAACAACGAUCAUUGAUUCCCACAGCUGUUGUACUUAUUAAGGAUAAAUACGGUUUAUACCAACCUAUACGAGCAUUACUGGACUCUUGUUCAGAGAUAAGUUUUAUCACUGAAAAAAUGGCAAAGCAACUUCAAUUACCAUUUGAGCGAAUAAACCAGGAAGUGUCAGGCAUUGGUGAUGUUAGAACACAAAUUCGGCAUUCAAUAACUGCAACUAUAAAAUCUCGAAUAUCAAAAUUUGAAUGGUCAUCGCAAUUCGCUGUCACUAAACGUAUCUCAUUGAACCAUCCAGAGCAGUUGAUAGACACAACAUCGUGGAAUUUUCCUGAAGGCCUUGUUUUAGCUGAUCCAUUAUUUUUUAAACCACAACACAUUGACUUAUUAAUAAGUACGCAGGGAUUUUUUGAAUUAAUAUUAGAUGGGAAAAUUUCGUUAGGCACCAGCCUUCCAUGUUUAUUAAAUACCGAAUUAGGGUGGAUCAUCGGAGGACAAUAUAAAAAUACGCCUACUGUCCGGGCACUCACUUGUAACUACAUUCAGUCGUCUAACAUAGAUUCAGUAAAUAUACAGUCUUCUCCACGUACGGACGUGUUUUAUAGUGCUCUUGCAAAGUUUUACUAG